CGUUUGCGUACGUGUGCAGUUGGGCUUCUUAUACCGAGGGGCUCUCGCUAUUAUGGUGCACGGAAGAGGUACAUAUCUUCACGUAAAGGGUGUGGAAAGAGAGAUGAGGAAGAAGGCGAUGGCUCCGGCGGCGGUGGCGGCGCUGCUGCUGUGUUUCGGGAUCGCCGGAGUCGUAUCGAGCGCCUCCGACCACCGCUACAAGCCGGAGGAUCCAGUCCCCCUUUAUGCCAACAAGGUCGGCCCCUUCCAGAACCCUAGUGAGACCUAUCGGUACUUUGAUCUUCCCUUCUGCACCCCAGAGCAUGUGACUGAGAAGAAAGAAGACCUUGGUGAAGUUUUGAAUGGGGACCGCCUCGUUGUUGCCCCAUACAAGCUUGAUUUCCAUGUCAAUCAAGAUUCCAAAGUGGUCUGCAAGAAGCAGCUAACAAAAGAAGAUGUGGCAAAGUUCAGGAAUGCCGUAAUCAAAGACUACUAUUUUCAGAUGUACUAUGAUGACCUUCCUAUUUGGGGAUUCAUUGGCAAGGUUGACAAGGAAGGCAAGGACCCAAGCGAGUACAAGUACUUCCUUUACAAGCAUAUCCACUUUGACAUUCUCUACAAUGAUGACCGUGUGGUCGAGAUUAAUGUUCAUACUGAUCCCAAUGCACUGGUGGAUGUCACGGAGGAUGGCGAUAUUGAAGUCGAGUUUUUAUAUUCUGCGACGUGGAAAGAGACAACCACACCCUUUGAGAAGAGAAUGGAUAAGUACUCGCAGUCCUCUUCACUGCCACAUCACUUGGAGAUCCAUUGGUUCUCGAUAAUUAAUUCAUGCAUCACAGUUCUUCUCUUGACUGGAUUUCUUGCCACGAUUCUCAUGCGGGUGCUGAAGAAUGAUUUCGUCAAGUAUGCUCAUGAUGAGGAGUCAGCUGAUGACCAAGAGGAGACUGGGUGGAAAUAUAUUCAUGGGGAUGUCUUUAGAUUCCCAAAGAACAAGUCACUUUUUUCUGCAUGUCUUGGUUCUGGCACACAGUUAUUCGCUCUCACGGUUUUUAUUUUUAUUCUUGCACUUGUUGGGGUAUUCUAUCCCUACAAUCGUGGAGCUCUUUUUACAGCUCUGGUGGUCAUCUACGCGCUUACUUCAGGCAUUGCUGGUUAUACUGCUACCUCUUUCUAUCGUCAGCUUGAAGGGACAAACUGGGUGCGGAAUUUGCUGUUGACCGGAUGCCUGUUUUGUGGGCCUCUAUUCCUGACAUUUUGCUUCCUAAAUACUGUUGCCAUUGUUUAUAGUGCUACUGCAGCAUUACCAUUUGGCACCAUCAUUGUUAUUGUUCUCAUAUGGACGCUGGUGACUGCUCCUUUGCUUGUUUUGGGUGGAAUUGCUGGUAAAAACAGCAAGACAGAGUUCCAAGCUCCUUGUCGUACCACCAAGUAUCCUAGAGAGAUUCCACCAUUGCCCUGGUAUCGAGAAACAAUUCCACAGAUGGCAAUGGCCGGGUUUCUGCCUUUCAGUGCCAUCUAUAUUGAACUUUACUACAUAUUUGCAAGUGUGUGGGGCCACAGGAUUUACACCAUAUAUAGCAUUCUCUUUGUGGUUUUCAUUAUUCUCCUCAUUGUCACCGCUUUCAUUACUGUAGCACUGACCUACUUUCAGCUGGCUGCUGAAGAUCAUGAAUGGUGGUGGAGGUCUUUCCUUUGUGGGGGGUCGACUGGCUUAUUUGUUUAUGGAUACUGCUUAUACUACUACCAUGCUCGCUCAGAUAUGUCAGGUUUCAUGCAAACUUCUUUCUUCUUCGGGUAUAUGGCUUGCAUCUGUUACGGUUUCUUCCUGAUGCUCGGAAUGGUGGGUUUCCGUGCUGCCUUGCUGUUUGUUCGUCACAUAUACAGGUCCAUCAAGUGCGAAUAGCCAGUUCCCAGAUUUAGAUCAGAUACAUGCUUCUCUUUUCGGCUAUGUAAGUGUUGCUUAUAGAGAAAGGAACAUGUGAGCGAUGUGCUAAAGGCUGAAUUUACAUACAGCUUGGCAGCAGCAGCAGCAACAGUCAAGUAGGAUCAUUACUUCUAGAAAUAGGUACUUGGGCCUAUGAAUCAUAAAGUUUGGUGGGAUAGCCCUUGUGGUAAUUUGUAUUUUUUCUGCUUCCAAUUCUCUUUCUUAUCAUGCUAGGAAGUUUGUAUCCAUCCAUGCAUCUGGACAUUUCCUCAAACAGAUUCCUUCUGAUACCUGGAUCUAUCAUAGAAGUCUAGUUUUCUAUACUUACGAUGAACUUAUGUUUGCA